AUGUUUGAGGAGGGUCCGUCCGAUAUCUUAUCGGCACUUGUUGCUUUGAAGUCUCUUCGGAUACCCGUUGAUCUGCUUUACGAUUUACUCAUUCUUCCUGCCUUUGAUCCAAUGGAUUCUCCAAUUUCCAUCCGUGAGCUAGAGCUCACGGAUUCAGAUUUUGAUAAUUUUGCUACGGAGAUUGAUCCCGAUGAUAUUUGCAAGGCCUUGAAAAUGAACCUCUCUCGAGUAUGCUAUCUUGGUAUCAGCCCUGGCUGUCUGGAGGUAAUACCGGAAGCAUCACAUGCCAAAAUUGACAAGUGGGUGUGGAAGAAUAUUGAUAAGUGUCCUGAGGAGGAACUUGAUUCUCUUUUUGACUUGGGUCUCGUUGUCAUGGAUAAGGUGCCAAAUUAA